CAAAAGGAGAAAACAAAAACCACCAUUUCUUUUGGCAAUUCUUAAAGAGACGGCUGUCUUCUAAGAUAAUUUUGUGGCUACCAGCUUAAUUACUGUUUCAAUUGAUGGGUUGGGAGGGCUUAUUACUGUUUGAUAAACUACUAUUAUAACGUUUAUGUUUAAACUGAUUAGGCAUGCCUACUUCAAUAACUAUUUAUACUCCAAGCUUCCAAGUUCCAACUCUUUAAACCUGUUUGAUAUUCCAUUGUCCGUUGACAUUCCCUCGUCUUCUGUUCCUUUUCUUUUAGCCACGUUGAUUCAGUUGAACUUUUCUUGCUUGUUCUGGCCUUCUCUUUUAGACAUGGAAUCAAGUGCCAAUAGUUGCAGUACAGAAGCCACAACAUCUGGUAUCUGAUGCUUUGGUUUGGUAGUUGGAACUGAACCUGGUCACCAUUUUGAAAUGGAUAGAAUUAGGAUGUCCCGUUUUAUUCUGUUCCUUACACUCCUUACUUCUGUUCUCGCGGUUACUUUUGGGGAUAGUUCAGCAGAUUCCUACUGGCUUCUGAGAAUUAAGUCGAAACUAGUUGAUUCUGCAGGAGUUCUCGAAAGCUGGUCUCCCGGAGCUCAUAUAUGCAGCUGGAAUGGCCUGACAUGUUCAGAUGAUGAAGCUUAUGUCAUUGGUUUGAACCUAUCUGCUUCAAGAUUGUCAGGUUCCAUUCCGCGUGAGUUCUGGAACCUCGUUUCUCUUGAAACUCUUGACUUAUCUAUGAAUUUUCUCACUGGCUCAAUUCCUCCUGAAAUUGGACAGCUUCAAAAUCUAAGGACACUGCUUCUAUAUUCAAAUAAUUUCUCUGGUAAAAUUCCUCCAGAGAUUGGCCUUUUGAAGAAGUUGCAAGUUCUUAGAAUUGGAGAUAACAUGUUGGCUGGUCAAAUUCCACCAAAUAUUGGGAACUUGACUGAGUUGAGGGUGCUGGGUCUUGCGUAUUGCCAAUUAAAUGGAAGUAUUCCUGCAGAGAUUGGUAACUUGAAGAAUCUGGUAUCUCUUGAUUUGCAGCAGAACGGUCUCAGUGGCCUCAUUCCAACAGAGAUUCAUGAAUGUGAAGAGCUUCAAAAUUUUGCUGCAUCAAACAACAACCUUGAUGGAGAAAUCCCUGCUUCCAUCGGGAAGCUUAAUUCGCUGCAAAUUUUGAACUUGGCCAAUAACAGCCUUUCUGGAAUGAUUCCUAUUGAGAUAAGUCGUCUUUCCAAUUUGCAGUAUUUGAAUUUGCUUGGAAAUAGACUAAAUGGAGAAAUUCCUUCGGAACUAAACCAUUUGGUUCAGCUCCGGAAGCUUGACUUGUCCAGUAACAACCUAUCAGGGAGCAUAGACCUGUUUAAUAUUCAAUUGCAGACUCUUGAAGUUCUAGUUUUGUCUAACAAUGCUUUGACAGGUAGCAUUCCCAAUAACUUUUGCCUUGAGAAUUCUAAUUUGCAACAACUUUUUCUAGCGCAAAAUAUGCUCUCUGGAGGAUUCCCUUUGGAGCUGCUGAACUGCUUCUCACUCCAGCAACUAGAUCUCUCCAACAACAAUUUUGAAGGAGAGUUACCACUUAGCAUCGACAAAUUAGAGAACCUUACAGAUCUCCUGCUCAAUAACAACAGCUUCAGCGGAAGUCUUCCUCCUGAAAUUGGAAACAUGAGUAACUUGGAAAAUCUUUAUCUCUUUGACAACACGAUCACAGGUUCAAUUCCAGUGGAGAUUGGCAAACUGCAGAGUUUGAGCACCAUCUACCUCUAUGAUAACCAGAUGUCUGGAACUAUACCAAUAGAGUUAACAAAUUGCACAAGCUUAACUGCUAUUGAUUUCUUUGGGAACUACUUCAGUGGUUCUAUUCCUGAAACGAUUGGAAAGCUCAAAAAUCUAGUUUUGCUUCAACUAAGGCAGAAUGACUUGUCAGGUCCAAUUCCACCAAGUUUGGGCUACUGCAAAAAGCUGCAGCAGGUGGCUUUAGCUGAUAAUAAACUAUCAGGGGUCUUGCCUGCAACAUUCAGAUUCCUUUCUGAACUGAGUACCAUUACGCUCUACAACAACUCCUUUGAAGGUCCUCUACCUGAAUCACUCACCUUUCUGAGAAAGCUCAAAAUAAUCAAUUUUUCUCACAAUAAGUUCAGUGGCACCAUCUUUCCCCUCACAGGUUCCAGUUUUUUGACUGCCUUGGACUUAACAAACAACAGCUUCUCAGGUAGCAUUCCUUCCAGGCUGUCCAUUUCAAAAAAUCUACACCGUCUCCGCCUGGCAAAUAAUCAUCUCACUGGCAACAUUCCUUCAGAAUUAGGCCAACUCAAGGAGCUCACUUUUCUCGAUUUAUCCUUCAACCAUUUAACGGGACAAGUGCCAUCUCGACUCUCUACUUGUCGAAAACUUCAGCACAUUCUUCUUAACAAUAACCAAUUCACAGGCAGGAUGCCUAGUUGGUUGGGGAGCCUACAAGAACUGGGAGAGCUACAUCUUUCUUCCAAUAAUUUCCACGGACAGGUUCCGGCCGAGCUUGGAAACUGUUCAAGAUUGCUUAAGCUUUCUCUUCAUACCAAUAAUCUCUCCGGCGAGAUCCCACAGGAGAUUGGAGAACUCACUUCUCUCAAUGUCCUCAAUCUGCAAAGGAACAAUCUUUCAGGUUCUAUUCCUCCAUCGAUCCAGCAAUGCAAGAAGCUCUAUGAAAUGAGACUUUCAGAAAACUUCCUCACAGGUUCAAUACCAUCUGAGAUAGGAAAGCUAACUGAACUACAAGUGAUCUUGGAUCUUAGCAAAAAUCUUUUGUCUGGUGAGAUUCCAUCAUCUCUUGGAAAUCUUUUGAAAUUGGAAAGAUUAAAUCUGUCUUUCAACCAACUUCAAGGAGAAGUUCCCUCUUCACUUGGAAAACUGACUAGCCUCGACAUGCUAAACCUGUCAAAUAAUCAUCUUCAAGGAGAACUUCCUUCUACCUUUUCAGGAUUCCCACUUAGUUCUUUCUGGGGUAAUGAUAAGCUAUGCGGCCCACCAUUAUCAUCGUGCAUGGAUUCAGCGGGUCAUGAAAAGAACAGUCUGUCGAGCACUGCAGUUAUUUGUAUUAUAGUGGCCAUUGUUUUCACUUCCACAGUUAUAUGUUUGGUGAUGAUUUAUAUCAUGUUAAGAAUCUGGUGUAAUUGGAGGAAAGUUUCAAUUUCCAACUCAUCAGAAGGUGCCGGCAUUGAACAAAUUAAAAGAGAAGAGAAAUGUAUCUAUGGAGAUGAGAAGAAAAGGAAAGGAGAGUACUGGAGGGUUAUGAACUCCAUGGCAUUGAUUCCUUCACAGAAUCAUGAGAGCAUGUCUUCAUCAUGCAUUUUUCACGUUAACAUGGAUACAAAAUAACUUGGCAUAGGAGAUAUGGUCAUUUCAUUCUUCAAAUCUUCUCGUACAAUUCUGUCUCUUCGUACGCUUCUUUUUCUUCAGCCAAAUAGAUGUGUUGUAAUUUAUAAGGCUCUACAGAACGGUUCAAGACUCACAAUAUUCAGUGUGUAUAUAUAAAAAAAAGUCAUCUUAACUCGUUAAGAUCAGACUAUUG